AUGCCCAGAGUUGAGUCUGAUACCUUCAUUCGCUUACAGAAUGAUCCAUCUUGUAUCAGGAACAUAUGUAUCGUGGCACAUGUUGAUCACGGUAAGACAUCGCUAUCCGAUUCAUUGUUGGCUUCCAAUGGCAUUAUAUCGCAGAGAUUGGCGGGAAAGAUAAGAUAUCUGGAUUCCAGACCUGACGAACAAUUACGUGGUAUCACCAUGGAGUCUUCUGCAGUAUCGCUCUACUUUAGAGUUCUACACAAGCAAGAAGGGUUGGAAGAGCCGCUAGUUAAUGAACAUCUAAUCAACCUUAUUGACUCGCCGGGUCACAUAGACUUUUCUAGCGAAGUCAGCGCUGCGUCCAAGUUAUGUGACGGUGCCGUGGUAUUGAUCGAUGUUGUCGAGGGAGUGUGUUCUCAGACCGUGACAGUCUUGAGACAGAGCUGGACUGAAAAGUUGAAACCCGUACUAGUGCUGAACAAGAUAGACAGAUUGAUUACGGAGCUUCAGCUUUCUCCAACGGAAGCAUAUAUCCAUCUUUCAAAGGUCAUCGAACAGGUGAACUCCAUCAUAGGCUCCUUUUUUGCUGGUGAAAGGCAGUUAGAUGAUUAUUCUUGGAGGGAACAGCUGGAAAAAAAUGAAAGUGCCAGAUAUGUUGAAAAGGACGAUUCAGAUCUAUACUUCAAUCCCAUCGACAACAACGUCAUUUUUGCAUCCGCCCUAGAUGGCUGGGGAUUUAAUAUCAGUCAGAUAGCCAAGUUUUAUGAACGCAAGUUGGGCGCAAAGAGAGAAAACUUACAGAAAGUUCUUUGGGGCGAUUACUACCUUGAUCCCAAAACCAAAAAGAUAAUUAACAGCAAGGGUUUGAAAAAUAGGCCUUUGAAGUGUCUCUUUGUCUCUUUAGUCCUGGAGAAUAUCUGGAAAAUUUACGAAAAUGUCAUACUGUCGAAGAAUACUGAGGUGAUGGAGAAAAUCACCAAAGCGCUCAACAUCGAAGUGCUCCCUCGCGAUCUCCGAUCUAAGGAUGAUAAGCAGUUGCUCAGAAAGAUCAUGGGUCAGUGGCUGCCGGUGAGCACAGCUGUCCUGUUAACUGUCAUUGAGAAAGUGCCUUCCCCUCUGGAAUCUCAAAGAGAGAGGUUAGAUAAAAUCCUUUCCGGAGCAUCAGGAGUCGAAAAAGUGGAUGCCGAAGUUUUGGAGUCAAUGAGGAAGUGUGACCGAGAUGGUGUUGCAAGUGGGUACGUUUCGAAGAUGCUAUCUAUCCCCAGGGAAGAGCUCCCUAUAGAACCACGAGGUAACUUCGGCGAUAAUCUGUUGGAAAAGAACCACCGCGCCAGAGCUCAGGCACUUCGAGCGGCCAAGCAAGCUGAACUGAACGAUAAAUUAAGCAAUAUGAAUAUCAGCGAUGAUGCCAAGGCUGCGGAUAUUGACCUUUACCAGAGAGCUAAGGACACUGUACUCACUCCAGAAAUCGAAGACUUUCAAGGGAAAGGAUCAAAAUUUGGUUCGCAAGAAGAAUCACAGUCAUCAAAUCUAGGUUUCCAAUUCGAGGUCGAGGAUGCUGGAAAUGAUAUGACAGGUUUUGUCCCAACUCUUGAUCCUAAUGAUCCUUUAAGUUCUAUGUUCGACUAUGAGGAAGAGGAUCCAUUCAAUUCCCAAGCCCUUAAGAAUGAACUUGAAGAUUCCGGCGAUGAGUAUGAUGAAGAGCACGAAGUUAUGAUCGGCUUUGCUAGAAUUUACAGUGGCACGCUAAAAGUCGGGCAAGAGAUCUCUGUUUUAGGACCAAAAUACGAUCCAGAGAGUCCCGAUCAAUAUACCCAAACUGCCACUAUAACGGGCUUAUACUUGUUCAUGGGCAGAGAGCUGGUUCCUCUGGACUCCUGUCCCUCAGGUAACAUUGUGGGAAUCAGUGGUCUAGCAGGGAAGAUUUUGAAAAAUGGUACUUUGGUGCAAAAGGGAGUAACGGGUGUUAACUUGGCGGGCACAAGCUUGCAGACACCUCCGAUCGUUCGAGUAGCCAUUGAACCAGCGAAUCCCAUGGAGAUGAAUAAGCUAGUCAAAGGUUUAAAAUUACUCAAUCACGCUGAUCCGUGCGUCGAAACUUAUGUCGAGGAUAGCGGUGAACAUAUCCUCUGUACAGCCGGCGAACUUCAUUUGGAGAGAUGCCUGAAAGAUCUGCGCGAAAGAUUUGCAGGCAUAGAGCUAACGCACUCAGAGCCUGCUAUUCCAUACAGAGAGACAUUUUUGAGUACCUCUGAAAUGAAUCGGUCCAAGAAUACGGAAGGUAAACGGGGUUUAGUCACUUUGAUGCUUGGGCCAUACAAGAUCAGGUACAGAAUGAUUCCUCUACCUCUGGAAAUCACGGCACUACUGGAGGAAAACCAAGCGGCUAUCAAGUCACUGUUAGAAGAAUCGCCGAAAGACAGAGCUCAACACAUUGUGAAGGAUAGGUCAUUCGUCCAGCAAUUGAGCAAUGCUCUCUCUAGAUACUCAGAUGAAGUGGUAGGCUUGCCUGGCUCGGUAGACAAGAUCGCUGCUUUCGGGCCCAAAAAGGUGGGAUCCAACAUACUCUUUUCCGAGGGAGGGCUACUCGGGAGUAUUUUCUCUGCUGCUGCUGCACGGUUUGAAUACUCCGACUCUCUUGUCAACGGAUUCCAGCUCGCAGUGGGCGAAGGUCCCUUGGCUAAAGAGCCGGUCCAGGGCAUGUUUGUCGUGGUGGAAGACGUGUCCGAGGUCACCGAGGAAGAUAUUGCUUCCAGUGAAGAUGUACAAUAUCAACGGGAAAUAGUGGAUGUUUCCGGGAGACUUAUAACAUCUUCUCGUGAUGUGAUUCACGAAGGAUUUAUGGACUGGUCCCCCAGGAUGAUGUGGGCCAUGUAUUCCUGCGAUAUCCAAACAUCUGUUGACGUGCUUGGCAAAGUGUAUGCAGUUGUCCAACAGCGGCGUGGACGUAUUGUAUCAGAGGAGAUGAAAGAAGGAACGCCAUUUUUCCAAAUCGAGGCACACAUACCAGUGGUAGAGGCCUUUGGAUUCAGCGAGGACAUACGAAAGAAGACCUCCGGUGCUGCUCAGCCUCAAUUGGUCUUUGUGGGUUUCGAAUGCAUCGAUAUGGACCCGUUCUGGGUUCCAACCACGGAAGAAGAGCUCGAAGAGCUAGGUGAAUUCGCUGACAAGGAAAACAUUGCCCGUAGGCAUAUGAACAGUGUUAGAAGGCGUAAGGGUCUUUUUGUUAACGAGAAACUUGUUGAAAAUGCAGAGAAGCAGAGAACUUUGAAAAGAAAUUAG